AUGGCGCAACUCGUAAAAGACGAAUUAGGUACNAAGGCUUGCCUUCAUGCUCGAUUCAUGACAUCAAAACCAUUUUUUAGCAAGACAGCCGAGCAGAUUGUCUCGCUAAAUGCCGAUGACAUCAAGCAAGUGUUAAAUGGUUUUGAAAAAAAUAAAAUUAAUACAUCAAGCCGUAACCCACAAGUCGAUGCACUUUUGAGUCAAGUGAAAGUAGUCGGAGGAAAAGUAAUGGGCUCAGCACAAUCUCGAUCUAUGCUGCGCAAUCAAAUUCAUGGUAUAAUUUUUAACCAAGGCUUGCCAAGCAUCUUUCUUACCAUCAAUCCUGCGGACAUUAACAGUCGUGUAGCUCUCUACUUUGCAGGAGUUGAUCUUGAUUUAGAUGCAAUCAUUCCAAACAAUCUCCCAUCUACUUAUCAAAGGGCUGAAAUUAUUGCAUCACAUCCUGUAGCAACAGCCAAGUUUUUUAAUCGGCUCAUUACAACCAUUCUCGAAACUAUGAUUUCGGGUGAAGCAGUUUUAGGACCUGUCAAGGGAUACUUUGGUACAGUAGAAAGCCAGGGACGUGGCUCAUUACAUUUGCAUAUGCUCAUUUGGCUUGAUCAUAAAUACUCGCCUGCUCGACUUCGGGAAAACAUAAAAGAUGAACAAUUUCGUAAUAGCCUUAAAGACUACCUCGAAGACAUUAUUAGCGAAGAUUUAGACCAUUUGUAA